AUGCCUGGAAAAGUCAAUCCUACGCAAUGUGAGGCCAUGACCAUGGUUUGUGCUCAAGUAAUGGGCAACCAUGUUACUGUUACGAUUGCCGGUGCUAGCGGCCAUUUCGAACUAAAUGUUUUUAAACCUGUCCUGGCCAAAAACCUCCUACAUUCUAUAAGGUUGUUAGCAGAUGCUAUGGUGUCAUUCGAGGAUCAUUGCAUAUCGGGGGUCCAGGCGAACGAAGAACGCAUAUCUAAGCUUCUGACAGAAAGUCUUAUGCUUGUGACCUGUCUCAACAGCAAGAUCGGUUAUGACAUGGCUAGCAAAGUUGCUAAGAAUGCCCACAAGAAGGGGCUAACCUUGAAAGAAAGCUGCCUUGAAUUGCAGGCGUUGACUGGGGAGGAAGUGAGUGCCAAAUCUCCUAUCGCGGCGAACAGAAUGAUACUAACAUCUGACAGUUUGAUACCCUAG